CUCCUCUCUCUCGUUUUUGUGCAAGAGGUGACACAGGCAGUGAUGACAGGAGGACUUGGCAACUCUGAAAUACACAGGAAGUGCUCAGACCUCAAACAGAAACAGAGCAUAAAAAUAAACGUCCAGUUUCACGUUGAUUGCCAGUGCCUCUUGCUACAAAGCACACGGCAAAGUUUGCAGGAGCCCUUGUAAACACACAGCUGCUCUAUCACACGUCAGGUUGGAUUUUCUUGACCUAAAUCCACAAUGAAGAACCUCAUCGUACUUCUUAUCUACCUGAUCUCAUGUUCUUAUGAGGAUAUCAUAAAGGAAACUGGACCUCUUGCUGGAGUAGUUACCAUCAAAUGCCCAUAUGAUGCACAGCAUGUAGACAGACACAAGUACUUCUGCAAGGGUGCAGGAUGUGACAUCAUUGUAUCCGAUAAAGAGAGCAGACAGCGAACCUCUCAGAGACUGAAGCUGACUGACCAUAAACAGGACAAGAACUUCUUGGUGACCAUGACUAACCUGACUGGGGAGGACACAGGAGUGUACUGGUGUGCAGCUGGAGGAGCAUCACCAUCAGAAACACCAGACCUGCUCAUGGAAGUCCACAUACAGGUGAAUCCAGUCAUUGGAGAUGUUGGAGAUUCAGCAACAUUCAGAUGUCCAUAUGCAGAGGGCUCUCAGAAUAAGAGCAAAUGCCUCUGUAAGGGGAAAUGUGAAAAAAGCCGAGACAACUGUCUGAUUAAAUCUGAACAAGGGCAGACUCAGGCAAAAAAUGGACACGAGACUCUGUAUGACGACACCGUUUCCAGAGUGUUCAAUGUGACGAUCGGAGGACUGAGAGCCGAGUAUUCUGGGAAGUACACUUGUGCAGUCAUUACUGAAGUAAAUUUUGUAACCACUGAGCAGGAGUUACUUGUCAGAGAAGUGGUGGCAGGAGAUGAGGGAAAGUCUGUCAUCAUCACCUGCAAAUAUCAACAUGAUCAGACCAGCAAAAAUACAGCCAAGUACUUUUGCCGAGCAAAAGACGCUGGUUGUAAGUUGGAAGAUUUCCUGGUGUCAUCACUAGCUCCAAACCACAGCAGAUACAUUUUAAAAGAAGACAAGGAUCUUCAGCCUGAAAUCUCUGCCAGAAUCUUCAAUGUGACCAUCACUGACUUAAGAGCAGAGGAUUCUGGGAUAUAUUGGUGUGGGGUAGGAGAAACAAAGAGUGUGGUCAGACUGGAGGUCAUCAAAACAUCUACUAAUGUGAUUCAUAUUCCUGACAAAUCAACCACGUGGCCAUCAUCUCCGGCAUCCAUGUCCAUGACUCCAGUCACCAUCUCAACAUCUCCUGGUGCCAGUCCCUUGACCCUCUCUGUGUCUCUGAUCGUUGUGAUGGUCGUUGUGGCAACUGCAGUGUUCCUGCUUUACAGGCACAAAAGAAACAGGACACAAGAACUUCCAUCCAACGAUACAAACACCAGAAGAAACAGCCAGGUUCCUCAGCCGGACUGCAUGUAUGAAGAGAUUAAAGAUACCCAUAAUCCAUCUCUCCCAGAAACCAACACUGUGUAUGUCACAGCUCAAUUACCCACAAUGCCCUCUGAUGACCUUACAUACUCCACUGCUACGUUACCCACAAACCCUUGCACUGACAUGGGCUACUCUGCAGUGAGUUUUGGUGAAGGCCCGAACACAGCGGCCAUUGCUUUCAGACAGGGAAACUGUGAGUACUCCAGGACUAGUUCAGACCAGUAAAGCACACCGUUCACCAGAACCAACAUGAAUGCCCCACACACUGCACACCACACACCAGAACCAACAUGAAUGCCCCACACACUGCACACCACACACCAGAACCAACGUGAAUGCCCCACACACUGCACACCGCACACCGGUGCUAACAUGAAUGCCCCACACACUGCACACCACACACCAGAACCAACAUGAAUGCCCCACACUGCACACCACACACCGGCGCUAACAUGAAUGCCCCACACACUGCACACCACACACCGGCGCUAACAUCAGCGCGCCCUUCCGCACAACGGCACCAACAUAAAUACUCCGCACUAAAACAUUUUAUAUUCGCAAAAUUCAUAGCUACAAUUUCCAUAUUCCAUAGUUUCUCUUGUUGUUUCAAUAAUAAUAAU